CGGUUCGGCCCGGCUGGGCCCGGUCGGGCCGCGCCCCCUGACGAGGGGGGGCCGCCUGGGGGCGCCGCCGCCGCCCUGGCAGGGCCCCGCGGGCGCUCCCGGGCCUGGCCCAGCUGAGCCGCGAGGCCGCGGCGCUCGCUGUGCACGGGCCGGUGGGCUUCAGAGCCCCGCAGGGCCGAGAGGCCCCGGAGCGCUGGGGGUUGGCGCGGCGUGUGCCCCUGCCAGCGCCGCAGAGCACCGCGGAAGCCCCUGCGGCGGGGGGGUGGCCGGCUCCUUUCGCCAGACCACCUAGCAACGGCAAUAUCCCUUAAAAAGAAAUGGCUCAAGAAGAGAUGGAAGUUGAUCUGCAACCAGUGGCUAGUUACCAUGUGGAGAACCACCGGACACUUCUCUCAGAGCACGCUGAUCACAGAGUACUGCAUGCUCCAGCGCUCCGUGAAGAAGGAGACGAUGUUACGGUUCUUCCUGCUGAUGGAGCUGUUGUGGUAUCAAAUGCUGAUACAACAAGGACUGCUGCCGACCCCGACCAGCAGUCGGGUUCUGCCUCGGCUCUCCAGGGACUGCAGAGGCUACGGGGAGCAUUUGAUCAGCAGCAGCUAUUGCCUGUGCCACAGAUCAUGCAACGUCCACGAAUGAGAAGAGCUCGUAGGCAACAAAGAAUUGGUGGUUCCCAGAGGACAGUCAGUGCCAGGGCAGCAUUGGACAGUUACUUUCAAAUCAGCAGGACCCAAGAGCCAGCUGCGGUAUCAGUUCCACGUCUGGAGCCUUCACACAUUCCAGGGGACAACCAGGAACACAGCUCAGAUGAAACGAUAGAAGUGAGCGACUCUGACGGCAGCACUUCUGCUGAAGGGGAGGAGGAAGAGGUAGAUGCUGGAGCUCCACUGUUACCAUCAGCCCAGGAGACACCUACGCCAGCUAGCUCAGGAGUUUCCAGUCAGGCCCAAGCAGAGCCACUUCCAGCUCUGCCUUCCUCUGCAGCAGAACAUGGAAAUCGUGAAGGUGAAGAAGCUGACAUUGAGCAAAAGCAGAGAACUUCACCAAAGAAACUGGAACCGUUGGUUCCUGUUGCACCCUUGGAUGAGGAAGAAGGGGAUACCUGUGCCAUCUGCUUCGAGCAGUGGACCAAUGCUGGGGGCCACCGUCUCUCAGCACUGCGGUGUGGACACCUAUUUGGUUACACCUGCAUUGACAAGUGGCUCAAGGGACAGGCAGGAAAGUGCCCCCAGUGCAAUAAGAAAGCAAAACGUUCUGACAUUGUGAUCCUGUAUGCUCGGACUUUGAAAGCACUGGAUACAAGUGAACAGGAACGCAUGAAAAGCUCUUUAGAAAAGGAGCAAAUGUUGCGGAGACAGGCAGAGCUGGAAUCUGCACAGAGCCGUCUCCAGCUGCAGGUUUUAACAGAUGAAUGCAGCAAACUCCGCAAGCAAGUUCAGGAGCUGAAGGCUCUGGUGGCCCAGCACAGCAUGACUGCUUGUCAGCAACCUGGCAGCUCCCGCGCCUGCUUCCCAGGUGGUCUCCCCUCCAGCCAAAGGCAGCGCAAGUAUCACUUUGAGAAGGCCUUUGUGGUGUCUCAGGCUGGAAGCUGCAGGGUUAUGGCGUACUGUGACUCGCUGAGCUGUCUUGUGGUAUCACAGCCUUCUCCACAGUCAACUUUUGUUCCCGGUUGUGGUGUUAAGAUGAUGAGUGCAGCCAACCUGAAGAGCAGUCAGUACAUCCCCAUCCAUAGUAAGCAGAUUCGGGGACUGGCUUUUGGCAGUCGAGCAGAUGGCUUGCUGCUGUCUGCUGCUCUGGACAACACUCUCAAACUAACCAGCUUGGCAACAAACACUGUGGUACAGACAUACAAUACUGGUCGUCCUGUCUGGAGCUGCUGCUGGUGUCUUGAUGAUACAAACUACAUCUACGCUGGGCUGGUUAAUGGCUCUAUCAUGGUAUAUGAUUUGAGAGACACGAGCUCUCAUGUCCAGGAGCUAACCCCUCAGAAGUCCAGGUGCCCCAUGGUGUCACUGUCGUAUCUGCCACGAAUGGCCUCGGUGUCAUUGCCUUAUGGUGGAAUAGUAGCUGGGACCUUGGAAGGAGCCUGCUUUUGGGAACAGAAAGCUGGGACCUCUUACCGGCCUCAUCACUUGCCCCUGGAACCUGGAGGAUGCAUUGAUAUUCAAACGGAGAUCAACACACGGCACUGCCUUGCAACAUACAGGCCAAGUAAAAGUAACCCUUGCCUGCGUUGUGUGAUGAUGGAACUGACCUGCAGCUCACUGACAGACGCCUCUGAAGAUGUGGUGUGCUCUUCUAACCCAGUUCAGACUUUCAGUGCUGGGCCCACCUGCAAGUUGCUGACCAAAAACGCCAUUUUUCAGAGCCCAGAGGAGGAUGGCAGCAUCUUUGUGUGCGCUGGUGAUGAGGCAUCUAAUUCUGCCAUGUUAUGGGAUGCUGGAAGUGGCACCUUACUGCAGAAGCUGCAGGCUGACCUACCUGUGCUGGACAUCUGCCCCUUUGAAGUGAACCAAACCCACCUCCUGGCUACGCUGACUGAGAAAAUGGUCAAGAUCUACAAGUGGCAGUGAAAGUGGUCUGCACACCUUUCACAGAGGAGCUUUCCAAAUAUGCUGCUGAUUAACCAGCCCUGUUGGCCUACAGCAACGGCACAGCCCCAGACUUAGCUUCCCUGCAUGUGCUGCUUACCGGAGACAGGAACUGCUACAGCACCUCUCUGGCAGUAGACAGGAAUUGGGACACGCUGAUGCCUGGAGCACUUCUUCUUCCUCCAUCCUCCUUUUUAGCUCUGCCCUUGUUUCUUCUUUGGUCAAUUUUCUUCAGUCAAACUCAGCAAGCUGCCUCAGCACAGUAAUAAUUCUUGGACUGUCUCCAACGUGUGUUGCUGCACUUUUUUUUCCCAGUGUGAAUACAGUAUACAGGGACUUGCAAAUCUCUUCUGCAAAUCAACAAAAUAAAACUUGAAGAUCUGAGACUCCCACUGUACUUUCUUGUGGAGUCCUGCUGUGACUACCGAGUGAUGAAAAGGUAGCAAUUUUGGUAUCUCCUAGAAUUGCUGAUACUUAGUGUAAAAACAAGUUUGCUGCUUUGGAGAACAUAUUCCUAUAUUCUUCCUUUUGAAGGUCUAGGGCAAAGGAAACUGACAGUUCUUUGCUCAUGGGAAGAGACCUGUCUUGUGGCCAUGGAGAGAAGAGGCAUGGAAAAUUUAGAGGGAAUCUCUUUGUGUCCUGUCAUGAGCAUAUAAUUUGCACUGUAUCCCCUUAACUGUCUGUCCCCCACUUCCUUUCCCUUCUCCCUCUCCCCAACAGCCCAGGAAACUUGGGCAAUUUGGUUGUGGAAAAUGAAACCUCUGUAAUACUAGAGAGAUACAGAUAAAGGGAAGGAGAUGAUUUUUGUGCUUUUGGUUGUUGCAUCCAUGAUGUCCUUUCUUAAAGACAGUGAUGUACUGAAACAGCCAGUACCAUGGAAAGAGAAUAUUAGCUGCUUUUCUUUUUAAUUAUUUUUUUAAAAUAGAAACUAGUAGAAACUCAGGAACUUCAUCAGCUUGCUUUCACUGACUUUUUGUCUUUCUUAAAUCAUAGUUGUCAGCUCACCAGCAGGUCACAGACAGCUUCCAGUUAUCUUUGCGUUCAAGUGUGCUGCAGUCUUGCUGGUGUAAAUCUGAGGUACAAUCCCCUGUAGAGCAUUGGGUGGGAUGACAAGUCAUGAGAUGAGUGUGUUGGGCAGCUACAGUGAGUUCUUAGCAUCUUUACAGUAAACAGGAUAUGGGGUAUGAGACCAAAUCAGACCAUGAAACAGGAUUUAUGUUUCAUUUUGUACUUAACAAAAGCAAAGUUGCAAGAAUCUUGAAGUUGCGAGACAAGUUCCCUCUGCCGGAAACCUAUCUCUCGGCACUGCUCUGCCCCAGCUGAGGAAAGCAGCAUCUCUUGUUUUCAGGUUCAGUGUGUUACCACUUAAACCAGCAGAACAAUUUUCCUUUCUGAAAUCUGGAAUGUGCAGGUUAUAAUCCUGCUUGUGUCUUAAAAACUAGAUUCUGGGAAGAUCUCUGCUUAACUUUAUAUUUUUUCUAUGUAAUAUUUUGUUCCUAUAUUUUUAUAUACUGUAAAAAUAAAGCAUUUCUAGUUACUAAAUAUAA